GAGCCGGGGCAAGCGCAGCUCUCUCUGCUUCGUGUCCCCAGCGGCUCUUGGGAGGUAGCGGGCAUUGCCGCAGGAAGGCGCAGGGCCCUGCCGGGAGGGGCCAGUGGCCGCCCAAGGGGCCCUGGGCGCUGGGAGUAGGGAAGCACAGGAAGGAGGCUGCCCAAGUGACUUACGGAGGUGCCCUCUCCUGAGGCGGCGCCGAGCUACCGGGAGCCCUUUUCCCAAGUCUUCCCCGCCUUGAACCAUCUCUAACCCUUCGAGGCAGUGGGGCAGCGCCGGCCCUCUGGGAGCCUGGCCCGGGAUUGUCCCCCAAACCCGCCGGAGCUAUUUUUGCGCAAGAGCCUAACCCCGGGUGCGCGCGCGGGGCAGGACUCAGGCGCGCCGCCUGGGCGUUGUGCAGCUGCGUCGCCUCACGAAGCCCGCUCUCCGAGCUCCAGAGGCUUUGAGAGAGACAACCCCAAGGCAAGGGCGUUUGGGGAGCUGCUGUGGAGCCAGGGGUUUGGAGGAGCGAGGCAUAUGUAUUUUCAGCUGCGCCUCAGCUCCGAAAUGUGACAAUUGACUAGCUCGACAGAGGCUUCCAGGGUCUUGGCUUGAUACUUUAGAAUAUGCUACCGAGCCAGUGCUUUCCGUGGGGAAUUGAAGGGCCAGCUGGUCGCAGCCACCGUGACCUGGAGCAAGGGAGUCAGAAGACAGUUACAGAAAGCAAGAGAGACCUUCCACGGGGCUGCCUUGGGUUGCUGCUGCAGGUUCCUGCCACACAGCUGCUGCUGCAGCCCUCCGAUGGAAUGCUGCUGAGGACCUCCCCGCAGGGCAUCAAGUGGGGCUGUGCAAAGGGCCGCCUGGUGAGUGAGGACUGAGCCCUGACCUCUGCUGGGGAACUCGAGGGCUGCCAGAGCCCCCUAUGCGCCCUCCCUCGGGAAGAUGAGGACUCUGAACACCUCUACCAUGGACAGGGCCGGGCUGGUGGUGCAGAGGGACUUCUCCUUCCGUGUCCUCACAGCCUGUUUCCUGUCACUGCUCAUCCUGUCCACCCUCCUGGGAAACACGCUCGUCUGUGCCGCUGUCAUCAGGUUCCGGCACCUGCGUUCCAAGGUGACCAACUUCUUCGUCAUCUCCUUGGCCGUCUCGGAUCUCUUGGUGGCUGUCUUGGUCAUGCCCUGGAAAGCUGUGGCCGAGAUCGCCGGCUUCUGGCCCUUUGGGUCCUUCUGUAACAUCUGGGUGGCCUUUGACAUCAUGUGCUCCACGGCGUCCAUCCUCAACCUGUGUGUGAUCAGUGUGGACAGGUACUGGGCCAUCUCUAGCCCCUUCCGGUAUGAGAGGAAGAUGACCCCUAAGGCAGCCUUCAUUCUGAUCAGUGUGGCAUGGACUCUGUCUGUGCUCAUCUCCUUCAUCCCAGUGCAGCUCAGCUGGCACAAGGCGAAACCCACGAGCCCCUCUGAGGGGAACGCCACUUCCCUGGGUGAGGCCCCGGACAACUGUGAUUCCAGCCUGAGCAGGACAUAUGCCAUCUCAUCCUCCCUGAUAAGCUUUUACAUCCCCGUGGCCAUCAUGAUUGUCACCUACACCAGGAUCUAUAGGAUCGCCCAGAAACAGAUACGGCGCAUUUCGGCCCUGGAGAGGGCAGCCGUCCACGCCAAGAAUUGCCAGACCACUGCAGGGAAUGGAAAUCCCGUGGAGUGUUCUCAGCCGGAAAGCUCCUUUAAGAUGUCCUUCAAAAGGGAGACGAAGGUUCUGAAGACGCUGUCCGUGAUCAUGGGGGUGUUCGUGUGCUGCUGGCUCCCUUUCUUCAUCUUGAACUGCAUGGUGCCCUUCUGUGGGUCUGGGGAGACCAAGCCGUUCUGCAUCGAUUCCAUCACCUUUGAUGUGUUUGUGUGGUUUGGGUGGGCUAAUUCCUCCUUGAACCCCAUCAUUUAUGCCUUUAAUGCUGAUUUUCGGAAGGCAUUUUCAACCCUCUUAGGGUGCUACAGACUUUGCCCUACGUCGCAUAACGCCAUAGAGACCGUUAGCAUCAAUAACAACGGGGGCGUGGCGUUUUCCAGCCAUCACGAGCCUCGGGGCUCCAUCUCCAAGGACUGCAACCUGGUGUACCUGAUCCCACACACCAUGGGCUCCUCCGAGGACCUGAAGAAGGAGGAGGCAGGUGGCAUAGCCAAGCCCUUGGAGAAGCUGUCCCCGGCCCUGUCUGUCAUUUUGGACUAUGACACUGAUGUCUCCCUAGAAAAGAUCCAGCCCAUCACACAAUACGGACAGCACCCAACCUGAACUCUGAGAUGAGUCCUGCCAGCCAUACUCACCCCAGAAGCUAGAGGAGAUCUUUCUGGGGCUUGCCGCUAAGACACUAAGGUGUGGUGAGACGCCCAGAUGUCGGGCGAGCCCUUCUCUGCUGCUUUCCCUCAACACACAACUAACUCUGUUCGCAAAUCCAUCCCGUGUGUUUCCUGUGUUGUGCAUGGUGACUCAGAGAGGCACACAUGUGAGGUGUGUACAAGGGACAUGUCUGGGGCUCCAAGGUUAUUUUUAGAAACCAAUUCUUAGGACUUGAAAAAUAGGGCAAACAAUCAACAGUGAACAGCUUCACUUAACACGUAAGCCUUUCUGGGAAGGGAAGGAGGAGGGUUGAGUUUGCUGUGUACAAACAGGUGCUAACACUGGUCCAAGCAAAGUUUUCAGAUUGUAAAGGUAGGUGCAUGCCUUCAUAAAUUAUUUCUAAAAAAAUAAUUGAGCCUUACAGGACGGAGAGGGUUGGUUUUUCAGACUUGAGAGAUGCUUCUUGGAUAUUAGGUUUAUUUAUCUAUUGUAUUAUAUGGAUAUUUUUAAUUUAUUAUAAUGAAUCUAUAUUUAUCGUAUUUAAUAGGAUAAACCAAUGAGUUAUCUGAGACUUUGCCGUCACAUUUUUGUCCAUGUAACUAGCUCUUUAUAAGCCAAUGAAACAAAACACACAGACUCUGAGAUUCUAAAUGCUCAUGUAUAACUUCCAGAUACGCAGCAGAGAUGGAUAGGAAAUGAAGCUGUGACUAUUCCUUAAGAUUCAUUGGCAUAAAUAAAGAUGAGGUGAGAACUGACAAAUGCUGUGAAUGUUUUUUUUUUUCUUCCUAAAAUGAUUUUGGAAAACUUUUAAAAGCACAGCUACUGUUGCAGUCAGACUUUUUAAAAUGACCGCCACUUCCUAGGAGAAUGACUGGCAGGUCUGUAAAUAUCCUAAAGAAAAGCCAGCUUAAGAAGACGCCAGCUGAAAUGUGUGACCUUAGACGGUAAUAACAAGUAAAUGCCACUUUGUAUUUGUGUGCAAUAGCUGGGCCCCUGCGUCUUUCUUCAUUUCAUGUGUCAGAUAGCUUUUCGGAGCCAGACAAAUGGCUGUCCUGGUGAGGUGCGUGUGGUGGACACGGUGGCUUUCCUUAAUUCUCGCACCACAACAGUCUCACCAGUGGACAAAGGUCAAAUCCUGCGCCUCCAUCUUGCCAGGUCAAACCAAGCCGAGGCUACUUUUGUAGUGCUUCACCUGAACUGAGAACUGAUUUUCAUAAAAGUCUAAAUGUUAGUGGUAUACUGACGAAUGAGUAGCGCCUCCGUGUCAUCCUUGAGGAAGGCACCUCUGUUGGAAAAAACAGGAGAGCCCUUCUCUUCGGGUGUGGUAAGCACCCCAAAGCCAUCAGAAUCUCUGACUAGUGCUGACCCUGUCUGUGCUUUGGAAUCACCUUCCUAUAUCAUCACCCAGACUGUAAAAAGUACCAUAACCUCCCCCUUCGAGAUGCUAAUUCAUGCGGGGCAUUUCAAGAGAAUUCCUUAGAAAUGUUGACAGAGUUGUCUUGUGAGUAAGCAGUCGGCUUAAUACUUAGAUGAAAUGGAUAGCCAGAAAGGGACCUGCUGGGAGGCAUCUCCUGCGUCAGGUCUGUGUCGCUUCUGCAUUUGAGUGUUUCCUUAACUUGAUUGCCUGUAUUGCUUUCUCACAUAUAAUAAAAUU